AUGGAGACAGAGGAGAGCGACACCCUAGCGGAGCGGGGGCGUGACGUGCCUGCGAACGGGAGUGGAAGAGAAGGCGAGGAAGGGACACAGGGAAGCCAGAUUGGUGCUAUCAACGAGGCUUUCCACAUCGACUGCAUCCAUCCCAUCCACCCCGUCGAUGACGUAAGCGUUGUAACCAGUCCAGGGAAGACUCUCGCCGGGGAGGAUAAGAUCGGUGCAAUUAAUGGCACCUCCCACACGGGGGGAAUAAAAAUUGGAAUCAACAAGAAGGACUACGAUCUGUACAUUAGCCAGCUAAAGGAUAAAGGCGCGAAGGAUGUACCAAAAAAUAACGGGGGACGAAUGAGAAGGAGCAGCAGUGGAGGCAGAAACAACGAAUGUGACUCGGACUAUUAUGAUAUGAAACACUUGGACGGAAACAGCAUCCACUUUUUCGAUGAUGGAGACGCAAGUAACAAAAGAAAAAUAAACACCAUUAUAAGUAGGAUGGACAGUGAGCUCACAAACACGGAGGAUGCGCUGAGCAAAAUUAAUGACAACAGUACCACCUACAUGAGCAAUGAAAACAACAUAUGUCUCCUGAACAAUGAAGCAGACAUUACUGACCCGAGCAAUUUCAACCCUAAUUUCGAGUUCCAUCAGAUGAUGAGCCCGACUGAUAAGACGACCGAUGUAGAGAAUUGCCAUCACGUUAAUUUUUUUAAAAAUCGAGAGACAAACGAAGUAGGGUUCAAGAAUGGGGGGUACAAGGCCGGCGAGCAAAGCGCCUUCUUCCACGAGGGGGGGACCGAUAAUGGUAGCCAUAAUAUACCUGAACGUGACAGCCAGAAUGUACCUGAGCAUAGACGCGACAACUUGGUGAAGGAAGUUCUCAUCUCCGAAGUGAACAAUCCAAUGCCGCUAAACAUCGCGCAACCCUUUGGGGGAAAGGAACAGAAAAGCGAAGAGAACAAAUUAUCCACCCGAGUUAACCCCAGUUUUUGUGAUCAAACUCAGCUGAGCAAAGUACAAGACGUAGUGCACAGCGCAUAUGCCUUUUUGCACAAUGAAGAAAUAACUACUAGGCUCAGUACCUUUUGCAAUAAAAUUCAAAAUGAUGGAGAAGCGACCUCUGGAGGAGGCGGUCCACCCUACCAAUUUGAGAGCCAAGUAACGAUCGAAUCGGAAGUGAAUCAUCUGAACAAGACAGCUUUGUUGGCCAAUGCCCAAUUGUAUGAACAGAAAGGUGCACAUCCGAGUGACCUUUUAGGGGGGCGAACUACACAAAGUGAGGAUAACCCCCGAGGGGAUAAUUUUUACAUCGAACGGGCAAGCGAACAGGAAGAGGAAAACGGAGAAGGGUCCGAACUUUCAAGUCAUCUUAGGGGAGAAACCACAAGAAAGAAGAAAAAGAACGACGAAGAAGAACUACGUAAUGAUUCUAACGAUAAAAAAAUUUUGUUCCGAGAGAGGGAGCAAAAUAAUGUGGACGUGAGUAGCGAUUAUCACCAUCUGUAUGACGAGACCCACAAGGACAUCACUGAAGGGUGUCUGCGCGUGAGCGAUGGGGAGAGGAAGGAUCUGUCCAGCGGGUGCAGCAUUCGUAGGACGAGCAGCAGCAGCAGUAGCAGCAACGAAAGGGGAAGCGGCAACCACAGCAGCAACCACAGCAACAACGUGCCUUGCUCCAUUGGAGAGACACUCCCGUCGAACGUGCCCCUCAACAGCGGUGGAGAGAAAGACGCGGAAAAGUAUGGCGGCCAGGAGCGAACCCCACCACAGGAGGUGGAGCAAACAGAUGAUAUGUACGAGGAAACGCUUGUAGAGGUGAAAAAGAUGGGCAGACGGGUAGGAAGGAAGAGUAAAAAUGGUGCCAAUAAGUCUGGACAAUCGAACGGUGAUGCGAAGGGGAGAGGACGAAUCGGUUUUAGGCCCUCUCAUGAUUGUGACGUCGAUGCGACAGCAGACUGUGCGGCGGAGGCAGACGACAUGGAUGACCCCACCCGUGAUGAUUCGAAACAUAACGGAGAAGAGGAAGAAUCAAAUGGUAACGAUCGAGGAAGGGCAAAGCAUGGAAGUACCAAUGAGACGUACGCGAGGAGACCCCUCAGAAAUGCUGCCAAGAAAUGCAUUCACUUGUGGUCGGAGGAGUUAAAGAAGAAGAGCGAGAAGCAUAAUGCCGCACUGGAGAGGAGCAAAAAUAUGGGCGACCAAAGAAAGGAAGAGCGCACCCUUCGAAGAAAAGACAAGGUAAUAAAAAAUGGAUCUAAGGUAAUCACCAGGGGAGGAUUGGCAAGAGGAUUCGGUGGCCGAGGUUGGGCCAGAGGCGAAGCCAAACGAGAGACGAAGUUUUCCCAGGACGAUGCAAAUGCAAGUGAUCCUGCGGAGGAACAAGAGUCAGAACAAGCUCAGUAUGACCAGGAGGAAGAGGCAGAAGAGGAGGGAGGUGACGGAGCGAACGGCAAAGCGUACUGUGAAGAAGAACAGGAAGGUACUCACCGACGGGCAAGGGGACGACCAGCCCAACGAACAGGGAACCACACCGAUCCGAAGGUACGUGAAAGGAACCAAAGAAAUGAAGCUUACGAGAGUGGUGAAAUGAAGUCCGAGCAACUAACCAAUGAUACAAACGAAAGAGCAACAAAAGGAGGAAGGCAAAAAAACCAAGUGGCGUCGUUAGGACAGGAACAGGAAAACAUCCCCAUCCUUUUUAAUGACUCAAUGGAUGAAAGAGAGAUGUUUAAAUAUCUCGACCUGUUGCGACAUCUUCCGAGUAAGAAGGGAGGUGCACAGUACAAGUUACACAAAGCUAUAUUAACAGAAGAGAUGGUUCGGAGGGCAAAAAAGUUCCCACUCGUCCAGGGGGUAUACUUUGAUAGGUACCAGCAAAGAUGGAGUGUAAACUGGAAUGAGGAUGGAAAGAGAGUGGCAAAGUAUUUUCCCAUUAAAUUAUUUGGGUUCGACUAUGCGAGGAGAUUAGCCAUUUAUUGUAAGAACUAUCAGAAGAUCCCUGAGGAGGCACUGUUAUUUGAGCAGGCGUACCGGGCAAGCCAGCAGAGCAACAAACAGAGAAAUGAUCAUUCGGAGAUCGUCAGUGGGGGGGGUGCUGCAGGGGGGGUCACCGAGAUUGGCAGUGGAAACGCGAGCAGAAAUGCCACUCCGAAUGGCAGCAUCAAUGGAGCAAAGCUCAGACGAGGAGGACCCAAGAAAGUGUACAAAAAGAGGGGCCUCCGAAAACAGGACAAUUCGAAUGAAGACAAGUUUAGCAGGGGCUAUGGGAAGAGGAGAAAAAAUAUUAACUAUCAAAGUGGGGGGGAUGUGGACAUCACAAUGAAUGAAGGUGUGGGGGAGAACGAAAGUGGCAACCACGGCCCAGGACAGAGCCCAUUCGCGAGUAAUUAUCCCCUGUGUAGCAAUUACUCUGGCAGUGCCGUUAGCGGUGUCAGCAGCGGUGCGAAUAGCGAUCCGAUUAGCAGCGAGAGGAGGGAUUCCAGUUACAGAAGCGACGGCGGUGCGAAGGAGAUAGAGCGCAGCGCCCUUCCCAAGGUGGCUCCCUACUUUCCCAGUGGCAGUCUGCCCGGUUCGCAAGGCCUCGGGGUGAAGAACACCGGGGGGGAGAACCAUCCGUACAACCAACACAAUGAGAAUUAUCAGAAUUAUCAGCACAACCUGCACAGCAUCUGGGAAGGCCUUGGAAGGCUUAUCGCACCCUCCGCCGCGAACGAUGAUGGUGUGAACAAACAGUGCGUGCAGGGGUACCUUUUCGAGGGCGACUUCCCAGGUGGCGGCAGCGCCAAACACGGCCAUCUAGCUAGCAGCCAUCCGAAUAGCUCCAACCCCAGUAGUGGUCUUCUUAACAGUGUCCUCCCCAAUGGCGCCCCUUUUGGUAGUACCCUGAACAAACCAGGUGAAGGGUCGAAUAGUGCAAACCCCAGCACGGGCCAUAUGAAGGAAGAACAGAAGAACAUCACAGGUAUGGAUACGAGUGCUGAUCGAACCGACGCGGAGAACAUGAUGCUCAUGAAACAGAGGAUGAUAAUGCUUGAGCAGGGAAGAGCAGCGAAUGGGAAGAUCUACAUGCCUUUCGGAAGUGCCACCAUGGGGUUACCCAUCACACACUCCAGCAACGAAAUGAGACGCUUCGGAAGCGGAGAAUCCCAUUUUGAUGAGGAGAAGAAGAGCAGUUGUAUGCAUAACGUGGUUGAUCCCGUAGCGGGUGUAAACAGUGGCAAUCUGUUACCCAUGUCGACCCAUUUGAAUCACCGCAGUGGUGUAAUCCAUGCGGUUGAAAAUAGCAGGGAAUUAAGCAGCAAUACCUUGCCUCACAUGAUGAUCGGGGAGAACUCCACUGUAGAGAGUGAAGAGAAAAAAAGGGGAAGAAAAAAAGGGGAAGAAAAAAAGAACCAUCUUGUAUGCACCUCCACAGGGACGUCUUCCUUUAAAUCAUCCGCCUCGCACAUUUCGUCCACCUCCUCGUGCUGUAAAAACAUGGAAAUGUAUUUGUCUUCCAAUGGGCCCUUGCAUGACAUGGGGGACUCGCACAAAUGGAGAAAAGGAGACGCCACGGAAGACGCAGCGGAUGCAGCAGACGUAGUAGACUCAGCAAACGAAGGAGACCUAGCAGACGCCGCACAUCCUUCCAGUUAUAAUGAUGAGACUGGUAAUUACUAUACGACAAAGGAGGAGGAAAAAAAGAAAGACGCGCCAACCACUCAGGGGGUUCACGAAGAUAAGCUCAGCAGGGCAGACUUGAUGACACAGAGGGAUGAUGGCAAUAGUGACAGGUGUUACCUGCAGGGGGGAAGAGGACCAUUGGAGGGGAAAGAAGAAAAUGACGAUGUGGAAGACGAAGAUAACGACGGCGAAAACGACGCCGAAGCAGAUGAAGGAGAAGUUAACCCCGAUGAGUGCGUCCCAAGGGGGGGAGGCAUAGCCACGAAUGUGGACCCCUCGAUGGAAAGACACAUAAUUGGACAUGCAGUUAGAAAUAUAAUACCAAAGGAGGAGAACAUCCACAAGGGCGCAAUAACCCAUUUGAACUCUGGCGAUGGUGUGUCUCAGGUGGCAGGAGACGAUACAGCAGGAGACAUAUGCCCCCACAGUGUAAUCAGCAGCACAGUAGAACGGGGCCAGAACGCAACACAGAUCGAGAAUGACGGAAACAAACUGGAAGAUAUACUUAACAUAAACAAAUACAGUGAGAUAGUGAACAGACUGGAUAAUUACACGCUCAUGAGUAAAAUGAGUCAGGGGGGUGUGAAAGUGGAGGGAGGAUUGAUUCCCUUGGGGGGGCUAAAUUUCAAGAGGGAGAAUACGGACGGCGCGAGUAAGGAUAGCAUCAGGGAGGAGGUUAACCAUGGGGAAGAAGUUCCCACCGGGGGGGUCUCCCUGGGUGCUGAUAUUAUCCACCGGGGAGGAGUCCCCAAUGAGGAUGUCCUCCUCAAUGAGGAAGUCGUCCCAAAUGAGGACGGCAUCAACGGGGGAGAUCUGACCCAGGAGAACAACGAAGACGACAUAAACUCCAGAAUAGUAGGAGUCCAUUACGAUAGAAAGCAGUACAGGUGGAAGGCCACAUGGUACACGUCCCACGGAAGGAGAUGCGCAAAGUAUUACCCCAUAAAACAGUACGGAUAUUUGGAAGCGAAAAAAAUGGCCAUAGAAUGUAGGAGGGCAUACAACGCUUAUAAGAAAUUAAAGAAGGAUCCAGAAAAUGGCAUCGAAGAAGGAGAGUUCAACUUUGAUAGUAUCAUUUUUCCUAAAGAGUACUAUGUAACUUUAUUCGAGAAUGACGAAAAGAAGGAUGGCUACUUCUGGAACCCGAAAAAGAACAAGAAGACGGGGAAGAACCCAUUUUUAGACAACAAUGAGAAGCAGAGAAGACACUAUAAUGAGGCGUUGAAAAAAAUUACCAACAUCAAGUGUAAGGACCUCUCACAAUUGAAUGAAUUUAUGGUGAGGAAGAAUGACGGCGAAGCGUCUACUUAUCCAUUCAUGGGGGUGGCGGUGGACCCUUCCGAGAGCUCCAAUGUCUUCGCGCCGCCGAAGCAUCAGCAGGAGGAGGAAGAGGACUACUCCGGUGCGCACUUCGAGACGGCGGGAAUGAUGGGGGCGUACCAAGGUGGAAUCCACCCAAGUGGAUCCUAUCAGGGGGGAGUGUUUCAAAGUGGAUCAUAUCAGAGUGGAUCGUUCCAGGGGUCAGCAGCACUCCCCCUUGCAAUGACAGCCCCAAGUGAAGAUUCCACGGUCGCCAUGCCUGUGACAAAUGUUGACGGUUCCAAUCAUCCCAACCUGGAGAAUGAACAAAACAAGGAAUGGAGCACCCUACAGGGGGUAUACAAUCAGGGGGGAAUCUUCCAGGACAGUUGCUGCAAUGUGAUGAGUGGGGAAGGACAACACGUGACAUCAAACGGAUGUUCAGCGCACGUGCAGGGGAAUGCUUGUCCGGUACACGUACCUGAAAAUGGAUGCUCCUCACAAAACGUGUCAUCCCUUCUUUCGUUGUAUUACCUCUCCGAAAACAUCCUCAAAUUCCAGAAGGGGACCAUCAAAUGUAUUCUACAAGACCUGAGAGACAACUGCCUAUCCAAUCUGGCCUAUGACAUUAAAAACAUAACCUUCCAGGAGUACUACAUGGCUAUUCACUACCUUAACAGGUAUGUAGAAAACUCCAACUGCUAUGAUGACAUUUUUUUUCUGUUAAAAAUUUUAGCCAAGAAUCUGGAAAUUCGAAAGAUACCUAGCUUGUACAAUGAGGAGGAGCAGAAGGAGUUGCUAAACUCGUUGACCGUUAUUACGAAGCAGAUGAAGAACGGCUAUUCUUACUUCACCCCGGACACGGUGAAGAGUGCUAGUGAGGGGGGAGAGGCGCCGUGCGACCGGUUUUCCUCCGUCAUAUUUCAUUAG